ACCGCUCUUCCCUGUUCAAGCCAUUUUCUCGGGGCCACUACAAGAGUAACAACGACAGCUCUUAUCGUCGCAGGCCAACAUGGCGCGGUACGAAGGAUACACUACAAACCUGGACUUUACUGCAAUAAAGGCGCAGUCGACGACGAUGGUCGUGCCGACGACGAUGCACGCGACCGUGACGGCUCACACCAUGGUGAACGGCGACAUGAUGGGCUCGCGCGCCCGCGCCUUCGAGUGGAACGAGUCGUACCCGCUGCUGUGCCUGGCGCUCGUCGUGCUCGCCGUGCUCGCCAUGCUGGUGUACAUGCUCAGCUCUGCGCGUCAGCACCAGCCCUCGCGGCCGGACCGGUCCGCGCAUCAAGUGUGUCGCACCGAGGAGUGCCUGCGCUACGCGCACCUCCUCAACGCCUCGACGGUGCACGACCCCUGCGACGAUUUCUACCUGCACGUCUGCCACGGUGCCAUGGUCGCCGCGCAGAAGCAAGCCGUCCGGCCGCCACCUGCCGCCAGGAACGCGCCGGACCGAGUGUCUCUGCUGCUGCCCCUGCUGGAGAAGACGAUCUCCGAGAAGGCGCCCCGCGAGGGCGAGGCCCAGAGUGCCUUACAAAAGGCAGCCGCCUACUUCGUCUCAUGCCACGAGUUCGCCGACAGCAACAUCAGCGCCGCCGGUCUCGAACAGCUCAGGUGA